UUCGUGUCUGAUGUGCGCUUGCAGGGAGCUCAUGCUGCAGCCACAGCUGCUGACAGCUGGAUUAGGCAGACGUGUGCACCCGGACAGGGGUACUGAGAACGGGGGGCAGUGCCUACCUGCAGUACAUCCAAACAGGAUCAGCAAACUGUCCUCGCUACCUGCUCAGGAGUACACGUUGGAGGUUCGAAGCUGGAGUAGUGCAAGCAGAAUGGCUGCAUGAAAAGUCACGAGUGGAGAAAUAAAUAAUAUCCUUCUCGCCUAAAGUAGGAGAAUGCAUUCAGGUAUUCCCAACAGGAAAUGUCACUGAUGACUGGCACUAAUUGAGUUUAUAACGUAAAGACAAUACAAAGGAAUAAAACACAAAGCUAGCUUGGGUUCAUAAUUUAAAAGACACAACGCCCGCGUAGUGGAUUUAUACAAACGGCAGCGAAAAGGUAUAUGGCCCUACUGGGCAAUCUGUGUGGUCACUAGUGCAGCCAUUCGCUCAGUUCUUGGUUUGUACGGGAUGAGUGCAAAUAUUAUUUGUUCCCGAAAGUACCCCUGAAAGUGUAGGAUUUGCACAGUGUAGACUUUACAAGGAACAGCUGAGUCGGAGUUUUAUUAUGCCUUAUACUUGUACAAACUUGUUGAGUCAGAAAACUUGUAACUGAGUGCAGGUAAUUUAAACACCGUUAGCUCAGUUUACUGUAAUAAUGGCAAAGUGGUUAAAAGAUUACCUGACUUUUGGUGGCAAAAGGAUCCCCCCUCAGCCUCCAAAACCAGAUUACAAAGAAAGUGAAAUUCUAAAGGCCUACAGGGCACAGAAGAGCUUGGAUUUUGAGGAUCCUUAUGAAAAUUUAGGAACUAAAGUCAAAUCAGAAGGUGAGCAGGGGAUUCCAGGUUCACCUUUCAAAACUGGAGGUGUAGAGAUAAAGUAUGUAUCCCCUAAACAUCGGCUGAUCAAAGUGGAUUCUACUGACUUGAAGAGGAGCAAGAUACUUACAACUACAGACGAGAUCUCCUGCAAGCAGGAACAGGUUGAUCCUGACAGUGAAUAUUCAGAUCCAUUUGACUUCCAGAAUGAAUCCGGAGUGGAAAGAACUGAGGAAGGCAAACCAGAAAGUAAUGGUUACAUGGAGCCAUAUGAGGCCCAGAGGGUUUUGACAGAUCUCCAGAGGAAAGGAGAGAAGAAACAGAGAAAAGGGUCCCGAGAUAGAAAGGGAGUCCAACUGUACGACAUUCCUUAUGAGGAGAGUAGUGGAGAUUCUGAACCAGAGGGUGUCAUUUUGCAGAAAAGCAGAGAAAGCCGCCUACCCCGGGAUGAUGAAAGGCCAGCCGAUGAGUACGACCAGCCAUGGGAGUGGAAGAAGGAUCACAUCUCCAAAGCUUUUGCAGGUAACUAG